AUGGGAUCUCCUUUAUCCCCAGUCAUUGUCAACAUCUUCCUCGAAGAAUUCGAACAGCUGGCUAUUCAUUCCGCCACCCGACAACCCAAACUUUGGCUACGAUACGUCGAUGACACAUUUAUCAUUUGGCAGCACAGCAAGGUGCACCUAGGUAGUUUUCUAGAACACCUGAACUCUCAGCACGGUGCUAUCUUGUUUACCAUGGAAGAGGAACACAAUCGCUCUUUACCUUUCCUUGAUGUUUUGGUCACCAGGCAGAACUCAGGCAUUUUAUCGCAUUCAGUCUACCGCAAACCAACUCACACCGACAGAUAUUUGAAUAAACGCUCGUUUCACCACCCAUCUACCAAGAAAGGAGUUUGCAACACACUUAUCAGAAGAGCACAAAGCAUCAGUGACCGCAACUCCAUCUAG